AUGGGUGCUAAGAUGCUACCAUUGUACGGUCCGGAAUGGGUGUGUGAGCACGGCAAAGAAGUGGAUUUCAAUGGAGCUACCGUAGUGGCGAUAGUCGUAUUCGCUGCAAUUGCUGUGGUAGUCCUGCUGAGCACAGCAUACGAGUGCAGACAGAUUUGGUUGGGCCAUCUCGUCAAUCCACUGUAUAGUUCGUUUUCUCUGUACCGAAAUGUAAAGAGCAUCCUGCACAUCAGCCCAAGAUCACCAAUUAAUUCAGACAUGAUCGAUUGCGCGCACGGUCUUCGAGGGAUCUCCAUGAUCUGGAUCCUUGCUGUUCACGUUCACGAAGCCCUAGGCCAAGUUCCAUUUGAUAAUAAUCCUGCUGUGCACAGUUACCUAGACAGCUUCACAUCCGCCAUUUUAUACACUACAGGGUAUCUAGCAGUGGAUACCUUUCUAGUGUUAAGUGGAAUUCUGGUAGCAAUGAACUUGAUGCGGCAGCUCGACGCCAAGGGUAGACUCAACCCAUUGAUGCUAUAUUUGCAUAGGUACAUUAGAAUUACGGGACCGUUUGCUGCUUUGGUUCUGUUCACCGUAUCGUUCGCUACCUACAUGGGAGAAGGACCACUGUGGAUGAUAAUUGGCGAUAUGAGGGAUAUAUGUAUGGAGAAUUGGUGGUCAGCUUUGCUGCAUGUUCAAAACUACGUUGUUCCUGCUCGGAUGUGCCUGGGUUGGACAUGGUACCUCUCGGUUGACAUGCAGCUGUUCAUCCUGGCUCCUGCACUAAUCUAUCCGCUUUGGCGCUACGGAGAGCGAGUACUCAUCGUUAUAGCCUCCUUAGCCGUUCUCUCGAUGGGAAGCGUCUUCGUAACCUUCAUCGUCAAGGACUACAGAUAUAGCUACAUAGAUUCAUCUGGAGAUGGGCUGAAAUACGUCUUAACCUACUUCCCCACCCAUGCCAGGAUGGCCGUAUGGCUUUGGGGAAUCAUUUUCGGAUAUUACCUGUACAAAACGAAGACUUACGGGUUGAGUGUACCCAAGUGGAUCUGGCCGGUGGGCUGGGUGAUCUGCUUCACCAUUUUUGGAUUGAUCGCGGGUGCCAACUACAAACUUCAGCGUCCAGAUUUUGACCAAUAUCCGCAAGUGCUGGAUGCAAUCUACGAGUCACUGCACCGGUCCGUAUUCGCCGUAGCACUCAUGUGGGUAAUUCUAGCGUGUGUUAGUGGUAAGGCUGGAGUGAUCAACGAAUUUCUAAGCGCUCCGCUGUGGCAACCGUUGUCCAGGCUAUCGUUUACCAUGUAUCUUUUGCAUGUCCUAUUGUUCACGAUGGCUUCGGUUGCGUCAUCAAAAACGACUGCACAUUUCAGCAUGAUGGAUCUAUUCUACCGUAUUUGGGGAGCCAUCGGGUUAGCCGCGAGUGUUUCUCUGCCUUGGAGCGCAAUUUUUGAAGUUCCAUUUAUAACGCUUGAUAAAUUACUACUUAGAAACUAA